UGUCUGCGCGAUUACUUGCGUAUUUCCGACUCUGAAUCGAGAUAAUUCAGCUCUAUCUUUUUUUCCCGUUCUUGUUAGAAAAAUAAGGAAAUACCUGAUAAGUGUGAGAAAAAAUGACGGAUUUAACUUGACUUCGAAGUUAGCAAAUUGAAAACAUUUCGUUACAUGCAACGUAAGAGAGUCCAGAAAUUUUAGUCGCGUCCCUGUCUCUCUCGCUUUUCGCUUCUCCAGACGAUAUGGCGUUCGCGGGGCGCCGCGACGCGCGACGUCCGUACCUGCGAGACGAAGUUGACGUCAUCGGCGCGUGCGCGUCGCGUCGGGACGGCACUGCAGAAGCAGGCGAGUUCGUGAGUGUAUCGAUUUUACGAUCGUGCCUCUCUCGCGCGGUGCCAGUGCGUCCGUCGUUUCCUUUAGUUUUUUAGUGGACGUGCACGUCGUACAUGGAUAAAACCGUGAAUGGGAUUACCCGCUAGACACGCCGCUCCGUACACCGCCCGCUGACUCGCAACUCCUCGUCACCCUUCAUCAUGACCAAGGAUAGAUUAGCAGCCCUCGUUGCGGCCCAGUCGGACGACGACGAUGUGGCGGACGAUGUGUCCGUCAACGUCGGGGCGCCGGAUGACUUCAUGACGGAAUUUUUCGCGGAGGUGGAGGAGAUCCGCGAAAUGAUAGAUAGGAUCCAGACGAAUGUGGAAGAUGUGAAGAAAAAGCACAGCGCCAUUCUCUCCGCGCCGCAGACCGACGAGAAGGUGAAGCUGGAACUCGAGGAUCUCAUGUCCGAUAUCAAGAAAACCGCUAACAAAGUGAGGGCUAAAUUAAAGGUGAUAGAGCAGAACAUCGAGCAGGAGGAGCACACGAACAAAUCGUCAGCGGAUCUGAGGAUACGCAAGACCCAGCACUCGACGUUAUCCAGGAAGUUCGUCGAGGUGAUGACGGAGUACAAUCGGACACAGACCGAUUACAGGGAGCGGUGUAAGGGGAGAAUACAACGACAGCUCGAGAUCACGGGGAGAACAACCACUAAUGAGGAGCUCGAGGAGAUGCUGGAGCAAGGAAAUCCAGCUGUCUUCACGCAAGGGAUCAUCAUGGAAACGCAACAAGCAAAACAAACCCUUGCGGACAUCGAGGCGCGUCACGCUGACAUUAUUAAACUCGAAAACUCCAUCAGGGAGCUGCACGACAUGUUUAUGGACAUGGCCAUGUUGGUGGAGAGUCAGGGUGAGAUGAUGGACCGCAUUGAGUACUGCGUGAAUCAGACCGGCGACCACGUGGGCCAGGCUCGGGGCGAGCUGAUCAAAGCCGAAGAGUAUCAAAGCAAGGCUCGUAAGAAAAUGAUCUUCAUCAUAAUCUGCGUCCUAAUAUCGGCGGUCGUAUUGGUCGCCAUAAUAGUAGGGUUCCUUCCGAGAACCUAAACGGCCAAGGGGGUGUUUUUCUUUUUGCGGGAGAAGGAAGAUUAUGAGGGAAGGGGGCGAACAAGGGGCGCUUAAAAAUUUCGAAGGAGAAGGCGGAGAGAGAAAGGAAAAAUAAACGAGUAUAACGCGGCAGCGGAUAUGUCAUAAUAAUAACGUUAAUAGUAGUAAUAAUAUAAUAAUAGUAAGAUAACAAUAAUAAUGCAAGAAAACUUAGUCGCGAUCAAUUCGGUGGAAAACGCAUGAGAUCCGGAUGUGCAGUGUGAUCAGAAGUCCCGGUGAGGGGGUGGGGGGAGAUGGACGCUGAAACAAUUAUGGUGGCGGUGGUUGCCUAUAAGAGCUGUGAACGUAUCCCUAAAGUCGCAUGUGCACUAAACUACCGUAAAGGAAAAAAGAAAUGGAAAAUGCAAAUAAUAAAACGGGUGUCCCGUGCCGUUAUCCUAAUAACACACAUCUAUCCGUAAUCUUACGACGAUAAUCCUCCGACUAAUCUCUGUAACGAACAACUAAUUAACGUAAUAAUCCGCACUCAUCGAAUCUGCUCGUUUCGAGUAAGUACACUUCAUUACAUUGCUCGACGUUCCUCCGGAUCGUGGAUAUCUUGAGAUGAUAAUUGCUAUCUCGUCGGGAUGCGACAAUCUUAAUUUCGGAUCUCUGAUUUCCCGUCUUGUCAGUUUUACUCGCGCGAGUAGUCGAUAAUUGUGCUCGCGAUUGACUGUAAAAAAAAAAAAAA